CCCGCAUUUCUCGGCGCAUAGAGUCUUGACGGCCACCGUGCUCAAGACCGAACAGACUGCCCUUACGAGUUCUUAUCCAAGGAAUCCGCCUUCAACUCACACAACGCACCGCUAGCUCGCGCACGGCACCAUGGGUCGCAAACUCAAGCAUCAUGAGCAGAAGCUCCUCCGCAAGGUCGACUUCAAUACCUACAAGUCCGACAACGAUCACCGCGAGCAUGCCAUUAUGCGCCGCUACGGCGUCCAGAAGCGCGACGACUACGCAAAGUACAACCGCCUCGCCGGCUCGCUGCGCCAACUGGCCCACAAGAUCGCCGCCCUUGAGCCCACCGACGACUUCCGCCGCAAGCACGAGGACCUUAUGCUCGAGAAGCUGUUCACCAUGGGCAUACUGGGCACCGGCGGGUCGGGCCGCGGGAAGCUGUCCGAUGUCGAGCACAAAGUCACCGUGAGCGCGUUUUGCAGGAGGAGGUUGCCCGUUGUCAUGACGAAGCUACGGAUGGCAGAUAAUGUGACGGCUGCGAUAAAGUUCAUUGAGCAGGGGCACGUCAGAGUUGGAACGGAUGUUAUGACCGACCCGGCGUACUUGGUUACGAGGAAUAUGGAGGAUUUCGUGACGUGGGUCGACUCGUCGAAGAUUAAGAGGAACAUCAUGAAGUAUCGGGAUCAGCUCGACGACUUCGAGUUGGAGGCGUUGUAGGGUGGAAAGGACGUGCAUUGGGCGGCGUAUGGUUUAUAGCAUUUCCGGCGUCAUGGCUCUUCAAUACCCCAUGUUUUGGGUCAACCGAUCAAUCGACUACUUGUUGGCUUUGCGGGACCCACCACGGUCUACCACUGCGUCUCUGACCGUGCGAUAGUUUCCACACGUUUGCUCGAUCUUGAUUGUGUCGUGCAAAUGAGUAUAGC